GGGGCGCGGGAGCGGUUUUCUCACGUGCUGGGCGCUGCGGGGUGCAGGACUUGGAUCUCCCACUUGUCCUAAUAGGAUUCAGAGGAUCCUUCCUGCCGGAGAAGCUACACCCUGACGACGAUGCCCAAUUUCCAUUCCAAGGAGGUGCGACAGCUGCUGCACAACAAGUUUGUAGCCAUCCUGGGCGACUCGAUCCAGAGGUCGGUGUAUAAAGACCUCAUCCGGCUUCUGCAGAAGGACUCCCUGCUUUCUUCUUCGCAAAUGAAGUCCAAGGGGGAGCUCUGCUUUGAAAACGACCGCUUGAUCGAAGGGGGCAUCUUGGGAGAGCUGCACAACGGCACCCACUACCGGGAAGUCCGCCAGUACCGCACACACCACCACCUCAUCCGUUUCUACUUCCUCACUCGCGUGUACUCGGAGUACCUGGAGAGCAUCUUGGAUGACUUCCGGGAGGGUCCCAAACCUGACGUCUUGGUCCUCAACUCCUGCAUCUGGGACCUCUCAAGGUACGGCUCCUACUGCAUGAAGGAAUACUGCCAGAACCUGCAGACCGUCUUCAACAGGCUCGAUGCGGUGCUCCCUCCCACCUGCUUGGUCCUCUGGAACAUGACGAUGCCGCUGGGCCCAAAGGUCACGGGGGGCUUCCUUAUCCCAGAGCUGCAGCACUUGAGCCAGUCCCUCCGCAACGACGUCAUCGAGGGCAACUUCUACGGGGCCACCCUGGCCGGCCUCCACCUCUUCGACGUGCUGGACCUCCACUUCCACUUCCGCCACGAUUUGGGCAACCGGGUCAAGGACGGCGUCCACUGGAACAACGUGGUGCACCGCCGGAUCACCAACCUGCUCUUGGCUCACGUGGCAGAUGCCUGGGGGGUGGUGAUUCCAGCCACGAAGUCUCAGGAAGGCCAGAUGUGCAGUGAGCCGUCCCCGUUCCUUGACGUCCAGCUGGGACCGGUGCCCCCACGCCCUCCUGCGAUGUCUCUCCAUAGGCCCCCUUGGCCCACGGUUCACGAAGACUCCUUCUUUGGGCUCAACUCUUGGGAGUCGUGUGAGACCUACUCCGGAGUCCCCUUCUUUGAGGAUUCCCAUUUCCCCAGUUUUCAUCGGGAUGGCUGGAUAUGCAAUGAGCCGUCCCCCUGCUCUGACCUACUGGGACCGGUGCCGCCAUGCCCUCCCCCGAUGUCUCUCCCUAGGCCACAUUGGCCUGCAGUUCAUGAAGACUCCCUCUUCGAGCUUGACUCUCGGGGGUUGGCCGAGACCUGCUCUGGAGUCCCCUUCUUUGUGGAUUCCUGUGCCCCCCCAUUUCAUCUGGAUGCUCCUGCGCUCAACGCCUUCCAGGAUUUCGGGAGUGCCGCGGCCGCCAUUCCUGAUCCGAGCCUCCUCCCACCUUACCCGUUCUGCAACAAAGAAAACAUCGGUCCACGUGCCAGUCGCCGGAAGAGGAGGCCCCAUCGCUCCAAGAAGAACCGUGGCUUGGUCAUGCGCAGGCGUUCCUUCCGGCGGGACGACGCCACCCCCUACUAAAGGCGCCCCCCCUGCCCAAGAUGUACACCCCCUGCCAUAGGGCCCUCCACAUCCUUCUGAGGGGAAAUAGAGAGGAGUGGAGAACGGGGGUGACUUUUGGAGUGCCUGUGAAAGGGCCGCCCUUUGUGGAUUGUUCACUCUCGCCUGCACCUUUUGCACUUUUUGAUGUCGCUUUUCGGGAACAUGCAUCGCAGAGGGAAUGCGUGCAUUAUGGGACCAGUUGGGAGUCCUGACAAAAAGGGGGUUCCCUUGCUGAGAGUUGUUUCUGGGAACAGGGUGGCGUUUUUUGUUUUGUUUUACUGAGGGGAAGGCUUCUGGUAAGCUUUGGGGUUUUUUUCUCUGUUGCUUACAGGAUGUGCGUCUUGUAAACCUUCCCUGUUCUUCCUUCCCAGUUUGAUACUGCGUAGCCCCGCUCACCCUGUUUGGUACCCAGUUCCUCCGUUCCAUAGGCUGCAUUCAUUCACAGUGACCAACCGUGUUUUUUCGCGACGAGCCUCGGACGUUUCCAGACUCGUUUACUACCCUGUCGCACGUGGCAGAGGAAUCAAAGGCUUCCUGGUUUGCAUACGACAGCAGACUUGGGUUUGUAGCGAACCCAGGAAGUCCUCUGUUCUGGAGCGAAGAGAGAAGCGGACGAGCGCCUGACGCUGCGAAUUUUCAGAUCUCUUUCUCGUAAUGGAAAACCGUGGUUCGUCGUCCUGUCUGAAUGCAGCCAUUGACUGAUUGGGAGAGAACGGUGGACGCUGUUAGGGUCUUUCUCAACCGCAUGUCCAUUUUUUGGUUUGCUUGGGAAAAGGACAGCACGGGGCUGUUAUGGGCCCACUCUGUGGGGCCAGAGAAAGGGCUUUUAAACAGCAACUCCCUAUACCAGGGGUGGCCAAUGGUAGCUCUCCAGACGUUUUUUUGCUUACAACUCCCAUCAGCCCCAGCCAGCAUGGCCAAUGGCUGGGGCUGAUGGGAGCUGUAGGCAAAAAAAAAUCUGGAGAGCUACCCUUGGCCACCCCUGCCCUAUACAGUUUUCCCCAUUUGGAAAUGCCCCCAUGGGAGGGCUGCUUUAAGCAGAGAAAAAGACAAGUAUCUGUUUUCCGCUUUCCCUUUUGACCUGUUGGGGCUUAAAACAUCCAGUUAUUCCCCGUUAGUGAAACUUCCAAGGGUAGAACAAUUAGAUCUCCACGCUCGUUCUUUCCCAGUGCUGUGGUCUCAAUGCAUAAAUUGCACACCUGGGAAUACAGUUACGGGACUCAUGUAUAGUGUGAUCCGGGUCUCUUAUCCAAGGUUGGCCUGACAGCUGGCCAGGAGGGGCGUGUGCGUGAUACUGAACUCUGUAAGCGUACAAGGUUCGAGUUUACGUCGGGUUCUCUUGGUGGGGGAAGGGGGGGUGAGAUUCUUUGCUCAGGGAAGAGUAUUUAAAUAGAGGCCCUUGCGUUUGUACCCAUGUGCUGUUCUGUGGGGUGUUGGUUUGUUUUUUGCUAAGUCAAAAAUUAAAAAUCUAAACUGCUCUUUAA